GUCUGGUGAAAGGGGGGAUGUUAAUUUACAAACAGUUGAUGAUUGGAAAUCAAAACUUCCCGAACUUUGUAAAAACUAUGAAAAUAAAAAUAUUUUUAACAUGGAUGAAACAGGAUUAUUUUACCGCGACACUUCGCGACAAACUCUCUUCAUUAAGGGACAAGACUGUGCCGGAGGUAAACGAUCUAAAGAAAGAAUUACGGUUGCUCUGUGUGCGUCAAUGACUGGCGAAAAAUUAAAACCCCUUCUUAUAGGUAAAUCCCGACAGCCAAGGUGUUUUUCUAAAAUUAAACCAGAAUCACUGCCUGUGAUAUACAAAUUUAACUCGAAAGCUUGGAUGAAUUCCUAUGUCAUGGAGGAAUGGCUAAAACAGCUGGACAGUUCAAUGCGCCGCCAGAAAAGAAAAAUCCUCCUAUUUCUUGACAACGCUCCAUCUCAUCCUAACAUUAAACUAUCAAAUGUGGAGUUACAAUUUCUCCCACCAAAUACGACAUAUAAAACUCAGCCGAUGGAUAUGGGCAUAAUUCAGGCUAUGAAACUAAAAUUCAGGAAAAGACAGAUGAAGCACAUGAUUAAAGAGAUGGAUAAACACCCCGACAUUUGUGGUACCGAUAUUCUGAAACAAAUUACGAUACUGGACGCAAUCUAUUGGGUGCAUAGUGCUUGGGAAGAGGUCCAGACUUCAACAAUACAAAAGUGCUUCUCAAAAGCUGGUUUUCUUUGUGAAAACAUUGAUAGUGAUGAUGAUUUCGAUGAUGACGAUGACGUGCCUCUUUCAGUUUUAAAACUCGCACAUGAAGUGUUUGGUUGUGAAUUUAAUGACCUAUCUGAGAUGGAUCAAACACUGUCAACCUGUGACAAUUCAGCCAAGGACUGGGACAGACCAGCUACCGAUCUGUUGAAUACAUUGGAAUCUGAUGGUAGUGAAAGUGAAAGUGAUUCUGAUAAUAAAGAAACAAAUUGUUGCUCUGUCAGUGAUGCGCAUAUAUAUGCUGAUAAAUUGAAAGAAUUUGCCCAGUUUCAUGGUAACACAAGAUUGCUGUCAUCUCUCAUGAGUGCAAGUGAAUAUUUGAAUGACAUGUCUUUGAACAGUAGCAAACAGAAACCAAUUACAGACUUUUUUUAAAAAAGAGUAAAAAAAAAUAUUCAGUGACACAAGUGGUAU